AUGGCUAAACGUCCAAACUUCCUCGUUAUCGUCGCCGAUGACCUUGGCUUCUCCGAUGUGGGUUGCUUCGGUGGAGAGAUUCGUACUCCCAACAUUGAUAAAAUCGCAGAGGAAGGAUUGCGGUUCACUGAUUUCCAUGCCGCUGCAGCAUGCAGUCCAACUCGCGCUAUGAUCAUGACUGGUACCGACCACCACAUUGCAGGUCUAGGAAACUUGAUUGAAUGGACCAACAUCUCUGGUCAAAAUGGCCCCAAGGGAUCUGCAAUGAGCACUGCCCCGCAGCGAGGUAUGCCUGGAUAUGAGGGGUAUCUCAAUGAGCGUGUAGUGGCACUUCCCGAAGUGUUGCGAGAUGCGGGGUACCACACCAUGUUAUCUGGCAAGUGGCAUUUGGGUCUAACACCAGAGCGCUCACCUCAUAAACGUGGAUUUGUUCGGUCGUUCGCUCACCUUCCCGCCUGCUCCAAUCACUACGCCUUCGAACCUCAAUUGCGUGAUAAUGAUGAUAUUCCUACAUUCAUUGAGGCGAGUUACAUUGGUCUGCAUAGUGAGGAUGGCGAGUAUGUGCGUCAUCUUCCCGAACGCUGGUACUCGUCAGAUGGUUAUGGUGACAAGAUGAUCGAUUACCUUCGCGAGUGGAAAGAGUCUGGUGGUAGUUCUGGACCCGAUGGAAACGGCGAUCGUCCCUUCUUUGGCUAUCUUCCUUUCACAGCGCCCCAUUGGCCUCUCCAGGCUCCCAGGGAAUACAUUGACCACUACCGCGGGGUCUACGAUGAGGGUCCCGAUGCUCUUCGCCUGAAGCGUCUACAAAGAUUGAAGGAGCUGGGUAUGGUCAGGGAGGACGUCGAGGCUCACCCUGUGGUCGCCGAUGAGAUUAAGGAGUGGGACGAAUACACACCAGAGGAGAAGAAGAAGUCCUGCGUGUCAAUGGAAGUCUUCGCCGGAAUGGUGGAAUGCAUUGAUACCAAUGUGGGCAAAGUUGUGGAAUAUCUGCGCUCGAUCGACGAACUGGACAACACAUUUGUAUGCUUCAUGUCCGACAAUGGCGCAGAGGGUGCCGCUUACGAAGCCUACCCUAUGGUCCAAAACGGCGUGAUGCCCCAUCUACAGAAAUACUAUGACAACAGUCUCGAGAACCUGGGUGCUGGUAACUCAUUUAUCUGGUACGGUCCUCGCUGGGCGCAGGCCUCUACCGCUCCUUCUCGUCUGUACAAAGCCUACACCACUGAGGGUGGUGUUCGUGUUCCAUUCACCUGCCGCUUCCCCAAGAACAUUAAUCUCAAGCCCGGUGACGCAACACCUGCUCAGGGCGGUAUCACCGACCAAUUCUCCACUGUCAUGGAUCUCGCACCCUCUAUUCUGGAUAUGGCGGGUGUGAAGCACCCCGCUCCAACAUACCAAGGCCGUGAAGUUGUCUCCAUGCGAGGCCGUAGCUGGCAACCAUGGGCCACAGGCCAAGAAGAGCGUAUCCACCCGAAGGACUUUAUCCAGGGCUGGGAAACUUGUGGACGUGCGGCUCUCCGCUGCGCCGACUGGAAGAUUGUUUUCAUUCCCAAGCCUAAGGGUCCUGAGAAGUGGCAGCUGUACAACCUCGUUGAAGACCCCGGUGAGAUUCACGACUUGGCAGAGCAAGAACCCGAGAAGCUUAAGCACCUUCUUAAGCUAUGGGAUCAGUAUGUUCUAGAGACGGGCGUUAUCCCAUUGUGCCCUGAUUUGGGUGAGUUCCUUGAGGCGACUGAGGCACAGAUGCCUGAGAAUGCUUGGAUGGAGUUUGACUACUGGAAGGAGGGUGCUCGUGAUGAACCUGAGAAGUUUACGCGCGAGCCUCCUCGCUUCCAGCGUACUGUGAAGCAGUGGUAA